UAUUGACAAUCGAAAUACUUAAUCAUCAACGUGUAAUAUCGUAUAUAUCAAAUAUAUAAAACUGAAUGUGAUCAAGUACAUAUAUCUCUAAAAAGUGAUUAUCGCUAGGACAUAUAUACUAACAGGUGUGCAGCGGUUGUUUACCAACAAGGGAGAAUUUAUUGAGCCGCCGAGUGGACUGUUCGGAGUUGUGCGGACUGUGCGGUAAGGAAGAUGAAUCGCUGCUGCAUAUCUUUUUUAACUAUGAGGUUGCUCGUGAAGCUUGGACCAUGAUGUCCUGGAACUGGAUAAGCGGAGGGGCAGCAAGCUUCUUGGACCAAAUUAAUCUGGAGUUCCAGUCUAAACGUAAGGAAUUGGUGGAAAGGAUGAUAUGGGGUUGCUGGGCGUUGUGGUGCGAGAGAAAUCACCGGGUAUGGCAGGGAGUUCCCUCAUCGGUGCAACGUAUCAUUCAGAGGGCUGAAGCUUCGGUUAUUGUCUGGAAAGAAGUGCAAGGUGCUCGGAUAGUUAGGGGGCAGCGAGGAUAUCAGGCUGUUGUUGCUUGGAGACGACCGCAUCCGGGGAAGCUCAAGCUUAAUGUGGAUGAUGUCGUUCGCCCUGGUUGUUGUGGGGUUGGAUGGUGCUUGCGUGAUGACACUGACAGAUUUGUAGCAGGUGUGGCGUGAUCAUGGAGAGGUAAAUUAUCUCCUUUGGGGGUGGAGUUGUUCGGGAUUAGAGAGGCUCUCAGUUGGCUUCAAGAACAAGGAUGGUCGGACAUUGAAGUGGAAACGGAUGCACACCGUGCUAUUUCAGAAAUUUCAAAAGGAACCAGUUGUUCUUCAGUGGGAUUAUUGAGCGAUGACAUUCAAGACUUAGUGAAGAUUUUUCCAAGCGCUUCUUUUAGUCAUAUUAGGCGAUCAGCGAAUAAGACAUCCAUCUCUUAGCAAAAGCCGCUUGUUCUUUGUCUGGUUCGCGUUCAUGGUUUUAUUUUCCUCCGUUUAUUGUAGUUGCUCUUG